GGCCAGCUGAGGGGCGCGGGCGGGCGAGCCCGGGCGCGGCGCCGCCAUGAACGCGGCGGUGGUGAGGCGGACGCAGGAGGCUCUGGGGAAGGUGAUUCGGCGGCCGCCGCUGACGGAGAAGCUGCUGAACAAGCCCCCGUUCCGCUACCUGCACGACAUCAUCACGGAGGUGAUUAGAAUGACUGGCUUCAUGAAGGGCCUCUACACGGACGCCGAGAUGAAGUCCGACAACGUAAAGGAUAAAGAUGCAAAAAUUGGCUUUCUUCAGAAGGCCAUCGACGUGGUCAUGAUGGUUUCAGGAGAGCCACUCUCUGCAAAACCAGCCCGGAUUGUGGCUGGACAUGAGCCGGAAAGAACAAAUGAGCUGCUGCAGCUCAUUGGAAAAUGCUGCAUCAACAAGCUCUCCAGUGAUGACGCAGUGAAGAGAGUUUUAGCUGGAGAGAGGGGAGGUGCUAAAGGAAGAUCCUCACUGAUGCCGAAAUCUCAAGAGCUGGAUAAUAAGAAUGCUAAAGAAGAAGAGUCCAGAAGUCAUAGGGAAAAAGAGGAUAGAAGAAACUCUGAAAUAAAAGAGAGAAGUACAAGCAGAGAUCGAAAACAGAAAGAAGAAUUGCAAGAAGAAAGCAAACCAAGAGAAAAGGAACGAGACAAAGAAAAGGAAAAGACCAAGGAAAAUGACAGAGAUAGACAUAAAGAUCCCGAACGAGACAAACACAGAGAAGGGGAGCGAGAGAAGAGCAAGACCAGGGCCAAGCAGGAGCGCGAGCGCGACAGAGACAGGGUCACCCGCGAGCGGGAGAAGGACCCUGAGCGCGACAAGGAGAGGGAGAGGAAGAACGAGGGAGGGAAGGACAAAGAGAAAUGGAAAGACCGAGACAGGGAGCGAGGCCACGACAAGGGAAGGGACCGAGAGCGGGACAGACGGAGAGGGAAAAACGGGGAGCACUCGCGAGACCCCGACAGGGAGAAGAGCCGGGAGCACGAGAGGCUCGAGAAAAAGUCUGCCGGCUCAGGGGAAGUAUCUAAAAAGCUGUCAGAUGGAUCUUUUAAAGACUCCAAAGCUGAAACAGAGACUGAGAUUUCCACAAAAGCAUCCAGGUCAGUGACGACAAAAGCAUCAAAACGGCGAUCUAAGAAUUCACUGGAAGGAAGAAAGGAGGAUAAUAUUUCAGCUAAAAUUUUAGACCCCGUAGUGUCUGGAUUAAAUAAUGAACCAGAUCAGGAAUCUACAACUUCAGAAAUAGGGACAAAAGAAGCCAGUGCUAAUUCAGCCAGUGUUUCAGAUGAUAAUUCCGCUAGUCUGUGGCGUGAGACUGUUGAGGCAGACCCCGCGGUGAAACGGAAAGGUGACUCUACCAGUGACGUAGAAGGAGAAGUUGGACCUGCUGGCCAAGAUAAGUCAGAGGUGUCAGAGAAUUCAGAAAUCCCCAAUGAGCUUUCAUCCAGUGGCAGACGAAUACCCCGGCCUGGUAGCGCCAGACCAGCCCCUCCGCGGGUCAAGCGCCAGGAAAGCGCAGAGUCGCUGGCUGUGGACCGGUUGGGGAGCGGUAAAACCGUCUCAAAUGUGAUUGUAGAGUCACAGAAUUCCGGCAGCGAGGAGGAUGACCAGUUUGUGGUGGAAGCCGCCCCUCAGAUCUCUGAAAUGUCAGAAAUUGAAAUGGUGCCAGCAGUGGAAGUGGAAGAUGGCGAGAAGCACGGUGGACUGGUGAAAAAGAUUCUGGAGACCAAGAAAGAUUAUGAGAAGCUGCAGCAGUCACCGAAAUCUGGAGAGAAGGAGAGAUUGCUUGUCUUUGAGUCAGCCUGGAAGAAGGAGAAGGACAUUGUUUCCAAGGAGAUAGAGAAGCUCCGCGUGUCCAUCCAGACCCUGUGCAAGAGCGCGCUGCCCCUGGGGAAGAUCAUGGACUACAUCCAGGAGGACGUGGACGCCAUGCAGAAUGAGCUGCAGCGGUGGCACUGCGAGAACAAGCAGCAUGCUGAGGCCUUGCAGGAGGAGCAGAGCAUCACAGACCGCGCCGUGGAGCCCUUACAGGCCGAGCUGGCCGAACUGGGGCAGCUGAUCACGGAGCAGCAAGACAAGAUCUGUGCCGUGAAGGCCAACAUCCUGAAGAACGAAGAAAAGAUUCAGAGAAUGGUGUAUGGUAUCAAUCUGAGUUCAAGAAGGUGAAAACUCGAAAGCUUCAAAGACUGAAAGUCAUCCUCAGAUUCGAAAUAAAAAGGAAGAUAGAAAAUCAUUCUGCUUUAAGUUUCAGUUUGCUAAGAAAAUGAACAGUUUGCAGUGUCAUUAUCUAAUUAAUUUUCAGAGCUUUAGGCAUAUGAAGUAUAUAAAGAGGCCAAGCUUUCUUCCUUUCCCCUAGCUUGAGUACUUUUUAGUUGCAAAUGGUCCUUCAGAACGCCUUCAUGAGAUUUUUGCAAGACUCUUCUUGUUCUUUGUGUUUCUGUAGUAGCCUGUUUUGUUUAUUUCUGUUCCAGAAUCCUCUAGCAGGUAAGUGAUGUUGCCACACCAAGGGAAAGAGUAGUCCUUUAAUUCACUAUAAAUCUAGUGAAAUAACUUCUGGAGGUCGACUACUUAUUGGACAAUGAUUAUAUUUUUUUAAUAGGGACUUUAUAAAUAGAAUAAGGCCUGAAAAUGAAUAAACUCUUGUUUUUAGUUUGUAUUUGAAAAGGGUUAAUUCAUCCCAUUUUCUUAUAAGGUGCAUGUGAACCAUUUCUUUUUUUAACCUCUUUGUAAUUGCAGAUACUUCUUCACGUAAUUUUGUUUUGGGCCCCUAUUAUCUUUUGUUUGUGUGUCUACCUUUUAAAGUUAUUUAAAAAGAAGAUUUCAGUGUGGCUUUAAUGGACAUUGUCUGGACAUGAAAUUGUCGUAGGCUAUGUCCUCACUUUGACAAUUUGUCCCUGGGUUUUCCCCAAGUAGAUACUGGUGUGAUCUCCAACAUGUUGGCAUUGUUCCUUUUUCUUUGCACAGGUGUAUGCUACAAUAUGAGAGAGAUGGGUAGCUUUGGAAAAACUGCAUGAGGAUGGCUUUAAAGGAUGUACCAAUUGCAAGACAUUGUUUGAUGCUACUAAUUUUUUUUUUUUUUUUGAAAUUGUUUUUUAAAGCAAGGGUUUUUUUAAUACAUGGGUUAUAUUUAGUUUUUCUACUUACAUAUAACAUUGUAAAUAUUUAUUAAAGUCUUUGGUUAAUGUGUAAGGGGUUUCACUGUAUUUGGAGACAUACUUGCAGGUCUUAAGGUCUCAGUCCUGAUACUUAAUGUUUCUAGACAUUGUAUUUAUCAUGCAAGCUAAGGUGUGCCAUUUUAAGGGUUAGAAUUGCCUGACAAAGUUUUGCUUCUUUCAUGAUUAUCAAAAUGACACAAUUUAGUUUUACUCAGUGCAAUUUCCAAAAUAAAUCCUUUGCUGAGGUAGUUACGUGAUUUUCUAAGCUGAGUAAGUUCAAGAACAGAUGAUUAAAAUCUGCCAUUUUUAAGCAUUGACCUUUUCCCCUUUACUAUAGUAUACUGUAAAAUUCUUUUUAACCAGAUUAUACUAAAUACAUUUUUUGGAGAAAGCAAGGGAUCAGUGCUUUUUUUUUUUUUUUUCACUGAACUGAAUGACUUACCCACAACUCUGAAUGGACCCUGUCUUGCUUUGUUAAGAUGUCUGCCUUUUAUGAACUUGUAUAUAUGAAUAGAAUUUUUGUGUAGCACAAAAUGGCACAGAUUGUAUGUGAGUAGAAUUUUGUAUGAAGUAGUCUAUCAAAUUGUAUCAUAAAAUUUAUUUUUAUUUUUUGCACAAAUCAUUAAAAAUAAUCACAUUUUUAAA